CAAAACAAUAUUCAAUAAUCAUUGUAGAACAGUGAAUCGUAAUAUUUUCAAUUUUCUACGUGUUUUCCAGUGUUUUCUACAAGACUAUUGCUGAAAUACCUUGCUAAAAAUUAUCUCAAUUACAAUAGUAUUAUUGAUCUAUGUGAAAUCAAUAUUACUGUAUUAAAGUAAUUUUACUGUAGUAAGGUAACUCACGGAUUUCCUUACAAUAAGAAUGGAGACUGUUGAAGCUCAAGUAUAUCUCUUCUUAGGAGUAAAAGUAAAACCUGGACCUAUUGAACGGCUAAAACUUGAAAAUUUUGCACUUGAUAAUACAGUGGAUACUUUGAAAUUGGAAGCAGAGAAAAAAAUCAGUAUUCCGUCUGGCUCAUUAGAAUUGAUAUAUCACGGCAAGGUACUUCAAGAUACUGCUACACUUCAAGAUAUUGGAGUGAAAAAUGGUGAAAUGAUUCAUGUAGUCAAGAAAAGAGAGCAAAAGCCAGCAACCCCUCCACAUACUUUUACUGAUGCAGAACUUCAAUAUUUGAAUUCCUCAUUGAGGACUUUAGGCUGCACUCCUAAUGCACCUGGAUGGACUAGGGCUAUGCAACUGUUAAAUGAUGACUCUGUUAUGUCCGAAAUAAUUGAACAUGCACCCUCACUAGCUGAGGAAUGUGAGAUACUGUCCAUACUUCAUGAAGUAGAACUGUUGGCAGCACUUGGUACCAAUGUGCAAACGAUGAGACGUGGGGCCGACGCUCACCCUGACCUGCCGAAUGCUCUACGACAAUUGUUACGACUUGUAUGCUCUAGAUGCCACGCACCUACCGCUGAAGGGACUCCAACAUCCGGUUUCGCCUAUUCACUGGAAGCUCUGUCAGAAGACGAAGAUGUUGAGGAAGAAGACACUGAAGAAACUGAAGGUAGAGCUGCGAUAACACAAGAACAAUUGGCUGCUGCUUUGCGGGCAGCAACAGAAGAAGUGAUGUCAUCAAGUUCUCGAGGUUCUGGUGGACAGGAAGGUUUAUUACGUCUACUGCAAGCCGCCGCAGAUCCGCCUGCUGCUUCUUCAGGAUCAAGCAGCGCCGGCGCAAGUAGAUCGGUGAUAACUCCAGAAAUGUUUAGUGAAGCUAUCUCGGAAGCAAUGAGUAGAACGAGCGCAGCCAAUACGAACACAGCUGGCACUCCUAUGGAGCAGAGUACUGCUGCUUCGUCAUCACAAAGCCCUGUAUCAAGGGAUGAAGAUUUCACAACUCAACUGAACCACAUGCAUGAAAUGGGCUUACUUGACGAUGCAUUGAAUGUGCGAGCCUUGCUUAUCUGUUCUGGUGACGUAAAUGCAGCAAUUAAUCUCGUAUUCAGCGGGGCUAUUGGAGACGACUAAUUCGUUUUAUUGACAAUCAAAUGUUUAAUAUUAUUUUAUCAUAUAUUUAAGAUCAUUUAGCUAAUGAUCAAAUAAAUUAACUAAACUUAAACUCUCAUUAGAAAUUAAUUCUUAUGAAGUCAUUAGUUUUCCUUGAUUACUUCUAAUGUUUUUGUAGAAAUGGAUUAUGAAAUAAAAGCAUCAAAUUGUUUAA